AUGGAUCUCUUCCAGUCGGCCGAAUUCUCGUCGCACGUCGAGGAGCUCCUCGAGGAGCACCACGUGCCCGGCGUUGCCGUCGCCAUCGUCCAGGAUCAGACAAUCGCAUCGGCCGGUUACGGGAAGCACGCGCUCGAACCGUCCCAGCCCUGCACGGCCGACUCGCUCUUCGACAUUGCCUCCGUUUCCAAGUCGCUCACGGCCGCCUCGGUCGGGCUCCUCAUCGCCGACGAUGAAAAGUUUCCCCAGAUCCAGUACGAGGCCACCAUGUCGAGCCUGCUACCGGAUGAUUUCGUCCUCGCCAGCAAGCAAUGGACCGAUUCGGUGACGCUGGAGGAUGUCCUCAGCCACCGGACGGGAAUGCCAUCGCACGACCUUUCCUACAUGAACAAUGGUGCGGCGAAGCCCGACGAUGCGCGAUCGGUGACGAGAAACCUACGCAACCUGCAGUUCGCGGCGCCGAUCCGAACCAAGUACAUCUACAACAACAUGAUGUACACGGCAGCCACCCAUCUCGUCGAGAAGAUGACCGGCCUCGGCUUCGUAGAGUUCCUCGGCCAACGUUUUUUCGAGCCGCUCGGCAUGGAAUCGAGCUUUCUGCAACCCGAGUGCCCGCGGGGCAAGGGGCUCAAGGAACGCAUCGCCGUCGGGUACAUCUGGGAGAAGGACUCGGAGUCGUACCGGCCGAUCCCCAUCAUCGACACGCCCGAGGUGCAGGGGGCCAGCUCCAUCGUCACGAGCGCCAACGACUACAUCAAGUGGGUCAAGGCGCUGAUGAACAAGGAAGGCCCCAUCACGGACGACGUGUACCAGGAGCUGCUCAAGUCGCGGACGCUCCAGAACCCCUACGGCGACGACCUGCGACCGUUCACGUCGCCUGCCGUGUACGCGGCGGGCUGGGAAAUUUACUACUACCGCGGCCACAUGGUCGUCGCCCACGAGGGAUGCAUACCUGGCUUCGCCGCUCAUCACUUCUUCCUCCCCGCCUUCAAAUUUGGCGCCGUCAUCUUCGCCAACGCCAACGGCGGCGACAAGAUCACUUCGAUCCUGAUGCAGGAGCUCAUCGACGCCGCCAUCGGAUUGCCCGAGGCCGAUCGGCUCGACUGGAACAAGGUGGAGUCGGAAGAAGGCUCGGACGAGUCCAUGUCGGACGAGGGGAGCGUUGACGAAGUGGAGGAGGUGAGGCAAGAGCUCUGCCCCGGCAUCAAGGAGUCGGAAGGCCAGAAGAUGCCGCUCGAGGCCUACGCCGGACAGUACUGGAACCCGGGAUACCACGGCAUGACGGUCGAAGUCAAGGACGGAGGGCUCUUUGUCGAUGCCACGGACCGCUCCAUGGGCUUUACCUUGACCUUCACCCACGUCAGCGAGCAGACCAAGUACAUCGCUCACGUGCGCGACAUGUUUGAAGGCGGCUCCGCCCCCAUCCGCGCCGAGUUUCGAUUCGACAACGACAAAGUCACCAAGAUGGGGCUACAUCUGGAGAGCGAGGUCGACGAGUAUAUCUGGUUCGACAGGGCGCACGAGGAGGAGUCGGCACCGACGGCCACGGAGGAGCUGGCACCAGAGGCCGCCGAGGAGUCGGGAUGGAUAGUCACGGAAGAGUCGGAACCGAUGGCCACGGAAGGGUCGUAA